CUGAGUGCAUGGCGUCGCACAAAUGUACAGCACCGGACAGGACUACGGCGAUGUCCAGUCCCUCGUUCUCUGUCGUAGAGAUACGAAGAGCAGGACUCGAUCGGACCGCUCUUCUUUCGGUAAUACGAUCAGAUUACGUGGGAAGUGUCGAAGCAGAAGAAGAAGAAACGACGGACGGGAAGGGAAGGGAAGGGAGCGGCGGGGCGAGUCGCGAGUGAGAGAUAGAGAGAGAGAGAGAGGGGGGCGGCGAUGGUUUUACUCCCGUGGCGUGGAACUUGUCUGCGCGGCGGUUGACACACUCAAAGCGUGCGGAGAAUAGACGAAAGCGGUGGAGCGAGUGUAAUUAGACCCGGAAAAUAGCCGAGUUCAAUUCGGCUAGACCCGCAUUUGCCGCAGCUGCUCGGAAACUGUGUGACUCGGGUUGAGAAGGAGGAGGAGGAGGAGGAGGGCGAUGGUUGCAUUUGCAUUUGCUCGGACAGGAGCGACAAUGCAUUGUACACUGCCUUCCUAAUGGCCUUGUUGAGCACUGUUGCUGGAUUCCUGCUGGAGUCUGUUGUUGUGGAGGGAGGAAUUACACCAGCAAUUCUGUCGUACAUCCGUGCCGAGCAGCCGUUUCUGGAUGGUCGUAUGCAUCAUACGGAGUCGUCCUUGUUUUCCUCCCCGUUAUUUGAGAGCGAGUGAACGCAGGAUGGUCGUGUUUUGUGACACCGAAUGAAGUGAUCGGACGCGAGAGUGGAGGAGGAGCUUGAGUUUAUUGCUUUGGAGAACAGAUAAUUCUGUGCGCGUUCUCUUCUCGCUCGGCGAUUGGAUAGGUAGAUGGAUAGUGCGACCGCUGGAUUCUAUCGACGCAAGUUGUGAAUUCGCGACACUGAGUUCGAGACGGGGACUAUCCCGGACAGCAUUCGAGUCAAUCCAAGCCUUUCCUCCUCUUAUCAUCUGCUGUCGGACUUUGAUCUUCAAGUCCACUGAGGAGGGAGUCCUUCGCAUAUAUCUAGAACAUCCAGAGAUGGAACCUCCGGAUCGAGAUGUGGACGCGCCGCUGCUGGAUUUCCAAUACAAAGAUGAUGUCGGAUUGGACGAAUUACCUACAGGGUCGGAGAUGGUUCAGGAGGCGAAACACCAACUUCAAAUUGGGGUGCCCAUUGUUUUUAUGGGUUGGUUGGAUUUUACCGUCAACAUUAUAGGCGUCGCCUUUGUUGGUCACUUGGGUUCACUCCACCUGGCCGGAGCUGCCAUGGCGGCCAGCUUUGCAAAUGUGUUUGGGUUUGCCAUUCUAGAGGGUCUGGCACAAGGAUUGGAGACUACUGGUGGUCAAGCCGUCGGUAGUGGGCAACCUCUUUUGCUCGGCAUGCUCCUGCAGAGAGGGCAAGUUGUGUUGGUGAUGUUUUGUUUACCAAUCGGCUUAUUGUGGCUACAUGCUACUUGGGUUCUCGAACGGUGGGGUCAGGAUCCUGAGAUUGCAGAACUUGCGGGACAGUAUGUGAUUUAUCUGCUUCCUGGUCUUUUUGCUACUGCUUUCUUCUUGCCGGUGGCCAAGUUUCUCCAAGUGCAGGGUGUUACAAGACCUCUGGCAUGGGUGUCUUGCUUGGUUCUGUUACUUCACGGUCCUAUGUGCUACUUGUACGUCUACAUACUGAACAUGGGAUUUAUUGGAGCGGCCCUUGCAACUAGCACGUCCAACACAACUACCCUAAUCAUUUUGGUGCUUUUCCUGAAAUUCGAACGUUCCGGAAUUCUCAGUCGAACCUGGCCUGGAUUUUCCUUGGCAGCUUUCAGGAACUUGGGACCGUUUUUGGCUCUAGCACUGCCUGCAUGUGCCAUGACCUCGUUUGAAUGGUGGGUUUGGGAAAUCAUUCAACUUAUGGCAGGAUGGCUACCACAUCCUGAAGUUUCUGUAUCGUCCAUAACUAUCAGUUUCCAAACUAUCGGGAUAUGCUUCAUGGUUCCUUUUGGUCUCGCCACAGCAACCAGUGUACGAGUUGCCAAUGAACUUGGGGCACAGAGGCCCGGGAGAGCAAGAUGGGCUGUCAUAGUCGCAUUGAUUAUGACGUCACUACUCGGUGGUGGCCUUGCUUUAUUUUUGCUGAUAGUACGAAAAUAUUGGGCGCUCCUAUUUGUCUCUGCAUCUGAAGAAGAUGUCCUGAGAACAGUUAUCGAUACAACUCCAGUCGUGGUAGUCGCGAGCAUUGGAAUUGCAUGGAAUGCCUGCUUCUCUGGUGUACUAAGAGGAUCCGGGCAGCAGUUGGCUGGAUCUUUGAUCAAUGUUGUUUCUCUCUACGGAGUUUCGCUUCCAGUUGCAUAUCUCUUCGGUGUCAAAUGGGAUGGUGGUGUGCCGGGACUCCUGUGGGGAAUGAUGGUGGGAUUUCUGUUACAAUUGAUUGGCCAGUCCGUUCUUACUUACGGAACCAAUUGGGGAUACCAGGCGAAGAGAGCACUCAAUACGGUGCGGAGUAACGACGACCAGACACAAACGAAAUCAAUUAUUUAUUGAAAACCUGUAGGUGUACAUCAGCUGUAGGCGGAGUGGAUUACGAUCUCUGGUGAAUGUCCAGCAUUGCAAUACCCAAAAGCGAGCGACGAUGUUUGAGAGACCACGCAGGACCUGUGCCAUGGUAUGGACGUGGUUUGUAACCUUCUGCGAGCUCAUGAGUACGCCACACGUAGCGACUGCUAACUAUCCGUCGUUCGUUAAUAUUUAUUACGGACAGUUCAUGUCGUCUCUAUGUAGAAGCUCAACAUGGGGAAAUUAUUUUUUCCGAUAUGGUAGAUAGGCGUAAAAAAAUGUACACUAUUUUAAUUGACUCCCAUGGCUUAAAAGGUUAGAAUCUCCCUUCGCACUGCCAAAAGCGACAGUAAAGGGAAGGAGGAAAAUAACAGGGGAUGAAGAGGGAGAGGAAGAGCGAGGACUAUUGAAGAGUGAAGAACUUUUUUCUCAUAAUAGAACAAUUUUCCAUGAAUCAUGCCCGUAUGGAGUCUCUUUGGUGUUUGAUCAGAGACCUUCCACUACCUUGGCAGUUUGUAUCGUUUGUCGGCUGAUUGAACAAAGAUACUUAUUUAUGUAGCGUGCC